AUGGGGUUGUUAGAUCUGGAAAAGCACUUUGCCUUCUAUGGCUCUUAUCACAGCAACCCAAUUAACAUCAUAAUUCACGUAUUCCUUGUUUGGCCUAUCCUCUUCACCACUCUUAUUCUCCUUUACUUUACUCCUCCCAUUUUUUCUCCUUCCCAAACACUCCAUAAUAUUAUUCCCCAUGUCUUGAUUUUUAACAUCGGUUUUAUCUUUACCGUUUUCUAUGCUCUAUUCUACGUUGCUUUGGAUAUUAAAGCUGGUUCGUUUGUUGCUGUUCUUACUUUUCUUUGUUGGGUUUCUUCGAGUUUCGUAGCUAAUUCCAUCGGCUUCGAACUCGCUUGGAAGAUUGUGUUGGCUGCUCAAUUGUUUUGUUGGACAGGCCAGUUUAUUGGCCAUGGUGUAUUUGAGAAACGUGCACCAGCUCUAUUGGACAAUCUUGCUCAAGCUUUUCUAAUGGCUCCUUUCUUCGUUGUUCUUGAGAUUCUCCAAACGACUAUUGGAUAUGAACCAUAUCCUGGAUUUGAGACAAAGGUGAAAGCAAGGAUAGAUGCUAAUAUAAAAGAAUGGAAGGACAAGCAGCAAAAGAAACUUUCUUAG